UUUGACUGGAGUGUAGAAAUUCAGGGAUAUAUAUUAGCAGCAUCAUCAGUUGGUUUGGCACUAUUCCAGAUACCCACAGGCUUUUUGAUCAGAAUUGCCGGUGGAAAAUUUUUAUAUGGUCUAUCAUUAACUGGAAUAUCCAUUGCGUCACUAUUUACAGCACUGGCCGCAUGCUGGAGCGAAUAUGCCUUAAUGACACUCAGGUUUAUCCAUGGUUGUUUGGAGACUAGUGUUUUACCAACUACGAUGAUUUUAUUAUCAAAAUGGUCUCCAGCUCAAGAAAAAUCUAAAUUAGUCACUUGUUCGAUUGUUGGUUUAGAUGUGGGUACUAUUCUAGGCUUCUCGCUAUCUGGUUUCAUAUCUUCUAGUAUAGGAUGGCCGUUUAUAUAUUAUAUAUUUGGUGGUUGUGAGCUGGUGUUUGCUCUCCUCUGGGUUUAUUUGAUAACAGAAGAUCCAGAAAGUCAUCCUACUAUUUCUAAAGAAGAGCUAGAUUACAUCAAUCGUUAUUCACUUUUAGAUGAUCAUUCUCAGAAAGAAGACCUACCUUGGAAAGACAUACUGACUUCUCUGCCACUGUGGUCCCUGUUGAUUGCAAAUUUUGCUGUUAUCUUUAUAUUUUAUUCUUGGAUUAGUCAUCUUCCUCAACUUUUAAAUAGUGUUUUACAUAUGAACAUUGUAAAUAAUGGUAUGACAUCAUCACUACCACAUAUAUGUGCUGCAACAUCUACACUGUUUGCAGGAUGGCUGUCUGAUUUUUUAGAAAAUAAAUACAAAGUCUCUUCCACUUUACUACGGAAGUUAUAUAUAUUCUUCUGUUUGGCAUUAGACGCUGUGUUAUUUUUGGUGGCGAGUUUUAUAUUAGAAAGUCAGCUGGUAUUAUUGUGUAUAUUACUAGUGUUUUUUCUCCAAGGGUUUAUUUGGAGUGCAGUGUUAACCAAUAAUUUAGACUUAUCAGCGGAAUACAGUUGGUUCAUUGCAGGGAGUAUAUGCUUGGCUUCAGCAAUAAGUGGUAUAUUAGGACCGUCUUUAAAUGGAAUAAUUCUUGGAAAGGGAGGUUUGAUGCAAUGGAAAAUUGUGUUUUAUAUGGAUGCUGCAGUUUGCUUAAUCGGAGGCAUCGUAUAUGCUACAUUCGGAUCGGCAGAAGAUCAAAGAUGGGGUAAACGUGAAAAGAAAUUCGUGACAGACAUAAUGAAAGGUUGA